AUGGCCCUUUGGCUUUGUGCUGCGGCCGCUGCAGGCCUGGCAGUUCUUUGCGCCCUGCCGCUGAAUGUGCAGGUCUUGCCCAAUGAUGCUGCCUUUGUUUACGAAGGCCGCUGGCUGAAAUCGGAGUCCGAAGCCUUGGCGGACUGGCCUUGCACGGGUCUCCGGUUCCAGGUGCAGGCCUCCGCGCCGGGGGAGUUCUCGGUGCACUGGCACAGCCGGCUGAGCCGCGUGAAGCUCACGGUCGAUGGCGAGGCGAGGGAGUUUGGGUCUUGGCUCUUUGCGCAGCACUCCACGGAGGUGAAGUUGUCCAAAGCAGGCAACUUCACGGUGACGCUCCGCAAGUUGAGCGGCUCUCAUCCGCUGGGCACCGGCCUGGGACGGUGGCUGCCCUCGCGCCUGGCGUUCCGGGGCUUGGGGCCUUUACCUCCCCAGCUGCAGCUGCGGCGGCCGCCCAAAAGGCGACGCAGGAUGGAGGUGCUGGGCACCGGGGACGCCUUGGGCUUCUGCGUGGCCGGCAGCAGCUCUCUGGGCUUCUGGAGCGCCUGGCUGCGCGCCUGGCAGCUCCAGAGCUGCGAGGCGGGCUGGCCCAGCUUGGUCGCUGAAGAGCUGGAAGCUGACUUGAGCCUGCAGGCCCUCCCUGGCGUUGGAGUGGUGCAGAAUGCCUACCACCACGGGGCGCAUCAUCUCCACGGAGCCGAGCCCAUGCUGAGCUACUGGCCCCGUGUCCUCGCCGGCUUUGGCACGGCCGCCGGCGCGCCCAGAAGAGCCCCAGAGGUGGUCGUAGUGAACCUUGGCGAGGAGGACUUUAAGCAGCCAGGUCGAGGCGGCCCUACGAAUGUCACCUUCCGCACCAUGUACAACAAGCUGCUGCACUCCGUCAUCAACGCCUACGGGGGCUUCCGCGGGCGCCUGGCGGUGCUGGCGCUCGGCGGCUGCGGGGCAGCCGCGCUGGUAGAGGAAGCUGUUGGGUACUUCAACGACAAGAUCGAUCUGCACGCGGACAAUGCCACCGUGAGGGUGAAAUACUUUCAGCUGCCCUGUGAGAAGCUGGACGAGGGCUGCUUGGGCUUCCCUGGGCCGGCCCGCCAGGCAAGCCUCGCGCAAGGCCUGGCGCCGGAGCUCAGUCCAAUUGCAACGAUGCCUUUGCAGUGGCGUAUCGAGACCGAUGAGUUCUUUGAGCGUCAGUACGAGUCCAAGAUCUUGAACAUGACUGACAAGGCAAUUGUGGACAAGACCGCGCCGCAGCUGAUUGUGGACAUCUUGAAGACAUCGGCGUGCCCCGUGGUCAUUCUGACCACAGGGCCAGCAACAAAUGUCGCGGCCUCAGUGGCGGAAGCGCUAGACAUGGAUCCAUCUCUUGCGAGCAACAUCCGCGAGAUCCACAUGAUGGGCUCUGCCUACGGUGUGCCGGGCACCAACAAUGUCUACGAUUGGCAGAUGACAUACAAUGGUGUGAAAGGCUCCUGUACGGAAGACGCGGGCCAAACCUACACCGGCCUUUCCCCUCCACUCAUCAAGAACGGCACGAAGAGCUUGAUUCGUCCUGAAUGCCGAGGAGUUGACAUGUCCGCCCAUGGCGACACCGAGUGGAACGUCUUCAUGGAUGUACGCGCCUGGCGUAUGGUCUAUGGCUUUCUGGCAUCUUCUCCUGCAGAUGUCUAUGUCUUGGCUGCAAAUGCCACGCUCAACAUGCCCGUGACACUGGAACAGAUGGAGUUGUAUGCAUCGCAGCUGGCGGAUCCAGAUCUUCGAAUCUUUGUUACGGAGCUGGCCAAGGCAUUCCUUGAAGCUGGAGAGGCCAAGUGGUGGGAUGCUCAGUGUGCGGUCGCGAUGGACCAAGUCUUGUCCGGGCAGAGCAUCGGGGUUUGCUCCAACUGGGCUGAGAAGAAGAAGACCAGUGUAUCCUUGAUUUGGCGAUCCAAUCUCACGGAAGGUGAGCUGAAUCCUUAUGGCAGCGUCUAUGACGAUGCUGAUGCCCAUGCCCCUUUAAUUGACUAUUGCUUGGAUGGCAACGUCACUCAAAUGUGGGAGGUGUAUUGGCCCCAGGUCAAUGAGACCAACUGA